GGGCACUAGGAUGUACGCAAAGCCUUGGGAGAACGAUUGGACAAGGAUUUCGGAUUUGGGGCACUGGUGUAAGAAACAUGCAAAGGGACAGAGGAAUUUCAGGAAGAUCAUUCCGGGCAAACUAGAGUUAACCUGGGAGAGGGUGCAAGGCCCCUGCUGAGACCCCAGAUGCGCCUCUGUUGCCUGGUGUUGGGACAGUGCUGUUGAACUCUUGGGUCUGAGUGUGAACAGCCCAUCGUGGCCACCUUCCACAGGAAACCUGACCUGAGGGACAGAACGGGAAGGAAGCAGGGGAAUUUGUCCACCAAUGUCAGUGCUGAAGUCUGGCUGGCCCCGCCCUCACCAGGACAGUCGGGUCUCCAGGGGUUCAGGCCCACCGGUCAACUCAGACAGUGAUUCCGGCCAUGGGCCAGUGGACGAUCCCGAGGAAGACUCUGGUCAGGCAGCUCCUGCAGCCCUGAGCUUGGGUCCUCCGCCCCUGGAUCCCAACUGGCCUGGGCUUCAGAGACUGCUGCAGCAGCUCCCUCCACAGGACAGCGAUGAACGCUACUGCUUGGACCUUGAGGAAGGGGAGCUGGAUGAGCUACGGCUCUUCUGUGCCCUGCGGAAGCAGAAGGCCCUGGGACAGGGGGUGGCCCGCCUGCCACCUGCCAAGCUUGAAGGACAUGCCUGUGAGAAGCAGUGCGGGGAGCAGCUGAAGCCCGGAGAAUACGGAGUGUUCGCGGCCAGGGCAGGCGAGCGGCGCUGUUGGCACAGGUCUUGCUUUGCUUGCCAGGCCUGUGGCCAGACCCUGAUAAGCCUCAUUUACUUUUACCACGAUGGGCAUCUCUACUGUGGCCGUCACCAUGCUGAAUUGCUACGGCCUCGCUGCCCAGCCUGUGACCAGCUGAUCUUCUCCCCGCGCUGUACUGAAGCAGAGGGACGGAGCUGGCAUGAGAACCACUUCUGCUGCCAGGACUGCGCGGGGCCCCUGGGUGGGGGAAGAUAUGCCCUGCCCGGGGGCAGCCCCUGCUGCUCCAGCUGCUUUGAAAGCCGCUACAGGAGUGCGGGUUCUAGCUCAUCGGGGGCACGGGAAGGGCGGGCACCCCUCGGGGAGGCGGGACCCGAACGCACGGAAGGAUCGGACAGCGCCUCCUUGCAGGACGAAAGCCCCUCCUCCCCGGCGGCUCUUCCCGCAGCGCUCGCCAGGUCCAGCGUGGAAAGCCCGAGAGGACCGUCCACAGGGGCGCCCCAGGACCCCACGCAGAAAGGCCCCUGCUCCUCCUCUUCCUCCUCCUCCGACUCGGAGCCCGAAGGCUUCUUCUUCGGCCAGCGCCUGCCCCGGCCCGGGGAGACUCCCGGGCACCUCCGGGCAGAGGCCCGCGACACCUCCAGGAAGCACUGCACCGUGUGUUAGCGGGGGUGGUGGGGAGUGUGCCCCGCGGGAGAGCGCGGCUCCCCUUCCUCGGAUCAGACCCGCUGCCGCCGAGACAGGAGGCGAGAUGACAAAGGUUGUGUCCCCCUGGAGACCGCGUGGGAACUUUUUUUUU